AUGGGCAGUCACGAGAAGGAGCCGGCCUCCCCCCGGAGGGUGCCGUCCAGGUCCAACAGCACCGUGUCUUCCAAGCACAGCAGCGCUCACCAGGGCUCUGAGUGCUGGGAGGUGGUGGACGAGCCCCGGAGCAGGACCGGGCCCGGCCAGGAGCUGGAGCGGCACGAGGGCUACCUGCUGAAGAAGAGGAAGUGGCCCCUGAAGGGCUGGCAUAAGAGAUACUUCAUGCUGGAGGAGGGGAUCCUGAAAUACGCCACCACGCGCCAGGAUGUCCUCAAGGGCAAACUGCACGGCUCCGUCGACGUCCGUCUGGCCGUCAUGUCCAUCAACAGGAAAGCGCAGCGCGUGGACCUGGACACGGAGGAGAACAUCUACCACCUCAAGAUCAAAUCCCAAGAGCUCUUUACCAGCUGGGUGGCCAAGCUGUGCUCCCACCGCCUGGCGGAGAAGCCCAAGUGCCCUGCGCCCACGGGGGGCCCGGACGGGCGAGUCCCGCCCCCCGCCCAGGGCUACGGCUCCCGGAACCGCGUCCUGCCGUCGGACGGCGCCCCGGCCCUGUCUGCGCUGACCAGCCCCCGGGACAAGGUGAACGCCUGGCUGAAGGACAGCGAGGGGCUGGAUAGGUGCUCGGCAGAGCUCUCCGAGUGCCAGGGGAAGCUGCAGGAGCUGAACAAGAUGCUCCAGAGCCUGGAGACCUUGCACCGUAUCCCGUCCGUGCCCCUCAUCUCCAACAGCCAGACCUCGGCAGCUGCAGAGAGACCCAAAAAGGGGAAGCGAACCACCAGGAUGUGGUGCACCCAGAGCUUUGCCAAAGAUGACACCAUCGGCAGGGUGGGCCGUCUGCAUGGCUCCGUCCCCAACCUCUCGCGCUACUUGGAGUCGAGCCAGAGCCAGCCGGCCUUCAGUCUCCCCCCGGAGUACAGCCAGCUGCAAAGGAGCUUCUGGAUCCUGGCCCAGAAAGUGCACGGGUCCCUCAGCAGCGUGGUGGCCGCGAUGACCGCGGAGAGGAAUCGCCUCCAGGAGAUGCGGCGGGCGCUGGAUUUGCAACGCCGGGCGGGCGGCGCCAGGAACGCAGCCGCGGCCGGGGCUCCCUCGCACAACCCGGACCACGCGGAGUAUCUGCGGCGUUUCCACUCCCUCUCCAUCUCCUCCGACGCCACGCUCGCCUCGUUCACCUCGCUGCACCCGGACGAGCCUGACGCCCACCUGGCCAAGGGGCGGGAGCAGCAGCUGUCCAACCGCAGCAUCGUCUCGCUCUCGGACUCGCACACCGAGUUCUUCGACGCCUGCGAGGUCUUCCUGUCUGCCAGCUCCUCCGAGAACGAGGCCUCCGACGAUGAGUCCUGCAUGAGCGAGGCCACCAACAGCCUCUCCGACGAGGCCGGGGGGGACGGGCGCUUCCAGAGAGCAGGCCGAGGCGCGGCGGACGGGGGGCCUGCGCCGUGCGCAUCCGAGCCGGGAGGGGGGGCGCUGCUGGCUCCCCUGCCCCUGCCCGUGCUGCUGCCCGCGAGGCUCCCGCGCCGGAGCUGCCUGCCGGCCCCCAGCGUCCCCGCCGGCGACGUCAGCCUGUGGAACAUCCUGCGCAACAACGUGGGCAAGGACCUGUCCAAGGUGUCCAUGCCGGUGCAGCUCAAUGAGCCGCUCAACACCCUGCAGCGGCUCUGCGAGGAGCUGGAGUACAGCGCCCUGCUGGACGCCGCCAGCCGCUGCGCCGACCCCUGCGAGCGCCUGGUCUGCGUCGCUGCCUUUGCUGUCUCUGCCUACGCUUCCACCUAUUACCGUGCGGGCAGCAAACCCUUUAACCCCGUCCUGGGCGAGACGUAUGAGUGCGUUCGGCCGGACAAAGGCUUCCGCUUCAUCAGCGAGCAGGUUUGCCACCACCCACCCGUCUCCGCCUGCCACGCAGAGUCAGACAACUUCAUCUUCUGGCAAGACAUGAAGUGGAAAAAUAAAUUCUGGGGCAAGUCCCUGGAGAUCGUCCCUGUGGGGACCGUGAACGUCAAGCUGCCCAGGUUCGGGGACCACUUCGAGUGGAACAAGGUGACGUCCUGUAUCCACAACAUCCUGAGCGGGCAGCGCUGGAUCGAGCAUUACGGCGAAGUCCUGAUUCGCAACGUCCGGGACAGCAGCUACCACUGCAAGAUCACCUUCUGCAAGGCCCGGUACUGGAGCUCCAGCGUGAACGAGGUGCAGGGGGCCGUGCUGAGCCGCGGGGGGCAGGUGAUCCACCGGCUCUUCGGCAAGUGGCACGAGGGGCUGUACCGCGGCGCCUCCCCUGCCGGGCAGUGCCUCUGGAAACCCAACCCCAUGCCCCGAGAGCUCGAGAAGAACUACGGCUUCACGCAGUUCGCCCUGGAGCUGAACGAGCUGACGCCGGAGCUCAAGCGUUUCCUGCCCUCCACGGACACGCGGCUGCGCCCCGACCAGCGGUAUCUGGAGGAAGGCAACGUGCAGGCGGCAGAGUCCCAGAAGCGCCGGAUCGAGCAGCUGCAGAGAGACCGGCGCAGGGUCAUGGAGGAUAACAACAUCUUCCACCAGGCGCGUUUCUUCAGGCAGCAGAUGGACCCCGGCGGCAAGGAGUCCUGGCUCAGCAACGACACCUACUGGAAGCUGCGGGCGGAGCCCGGCUACGCCAACCUCGACAGCCCCGUGCUGUGGUAG